AUGCAUGGCCAAAGCAGCUUCUACGUCGACUGUGACGGUUUCUCUGUCGCGGCCGAUGCUCCACAUCGUGGAAUUGAAAUGUUUCUGGAAAGUGAGCAGUUGAAAUCUCGACUGCAAGUGCUGCAUCAACUUGACAACCGCUCGGAUGAGGUUAUUGCCGAAACACCAUUUCAGUUGUUGAAAAUGAUCGACAUAGACCAUGCUGCAAAAUGGUGCGCAGAGGACCCUCGAUGCACAGGCCUGUGCUUCAACGAGGAGACAGGUUGGGCGCGCUUUUACCACACAGCGCUGCAGAAGGGUUUCGCGAAGCUUGACGAUGGAACCAAUGCAUCGGUUUGCCUUGCAUUGAAGGGCUUUGGCCCACCCGGGACUGGUAUGAAGAGGGAAAUGAGGCCAUGCUUUAGAUCAUUGGAGGAGACUUCUUCUGGUUCUUGGAUUCCCUCGAAGGUGCCAAAAAAUAUGCUUUUGCUCCCUGAUGGUAGUUCAAUGCAGCUGCGCCUCUUCUCCUUUGGGGCUAGACCAGUUCAGAUCUCCUUCGAACAGGCACGGAGCACAGGCGUACCCAGCAAGGCGCAAGUCCAGGCUGCCAAGGCACCGAAGAGUCUUGACAAAAAAGAAGCCCAAGCCCUGGAUACGAACUUUGGGAAAAGACCCACCGGAGCUAGAGAUGUUAAAGCACGAGAGGACUCUUACGCUCCACUUCCCGCAUUCUCAGAGCAGGUUCUAGUAGGUUGCUGGCCAGUCCUUGUUCUGAAUUUUGAGAAAAGGUUUGGCAAUAUUUGGCAAGCAUCGAAAGAUUGGAAUAGGUUCCCAAGGCUGUCCGAAUAUCAAAAAGAGGAGGCAGGCGCAGCUUUGGAGUUGGAUGAGAGCUAUGGCAACAGAGACAGUCUCUUCAGUUGUCACCUUUCCUGUGUGGAAAGCAGCUACGAUCGGCCAGUGGGCUCCUCGAUCUUGUCAGGAUUGACUUCCUCGGGGCACUUUCUGGAGGCGGUGAAGCCACCUUAUCGAGGAAGCUUUGCAGUGGUUUCCGGAAGGACUUGGGCGCAAGCUUUAAUAUUCUUUGGUUCUGACAAGGGGUCUACAUGGUUGCGACGCCAGGGCUGGAGUAGUGCAACAUCAUCUGUGUUGCCUACGCUUCUCAUUUCGGCUUAUGUGCAAGUUGCAAACCAGCCUUUCGUGCGCUCUUCUGUCAUGCUUCAGGGAGAUCCGCAGGUAAGAUUUGCUCACCAAAGACAGAAGGUGUGA